CAUGAUGAUGGCCCCCCCACAUUACUACAAACACUCACCUUUCCUCUUUUAGAGAGAGAAAGAGAGACUCUUUUAGAGAGAGAUGCGGUGUUUGGCACCGAGCCCAUCUGUUUACACCUUGGAAACACUCUUGUUUCCACUCCCCUGCAUCUUUUCAACAUAUGCAUCUUGGCAAGUGACAUGUCCAAAAGUUUCAUGAUUCUCUCUACAUCAUUCUCAGUCAAGUAUUGCCGGUUUCCUGCAUGCUUUUCUUUGGUGUGGAAGGUGGGGCUCUUCUCACCGGUGCUUCUCGACAAUUUGAUCACCUCUACGUCUCCGUCAUCUUAUCAUGAAUUCUGUUUUUGAUCUUGAGUAAUGCUCCAAUUUGGGUUCUUACAGCUAGUCAUGGCAGAUUAAAUUAAGAAAUCUGGGUAUUUUUCUUGCAUAUGAUUGUGUUUUUUUGAGCUUCUAUUUCCAGUUCUUGAUCAGAAAAAAGGGAGAUGGCAUCUUCAAGAAGAGAAAUGCUACCUCCUCGCGCUUCAAGAAGAGACCCGUAUGAUGUGCUAAGUGUUUCUAGAGAUUCAUCUGACCAGGAGAUAAAAAUGGCAUACAGGAAACUUGCUCUCAAAUACCACCCUGACAAAAAUGCAAGCAACCCUGAAGCUUCAGAGCUUUUCAAGGAGGUGGCAUUUUCAUAUAACAUUCUGUCUGAUCCAGAGAGGAGGAGGCAAUAUGACAGUGGUGGAUAUCAGGCACUUGAAGCUGAUGGCCUGGAUAUGGAGAUUGAUUUGUCCAACUUGGGAACUAUGAAUACGAUGUUCGCUGCAUUGUUCAGCAAGCUUGGUGUUCCCAUCAAGACAACAAUAUCAGCUACCAUUCUUGAGGAAGCUCUAAAUGGAACUGUAAACAUUAGACCGCUUCCUCUUGGAAGUUCUUUUAGCGGGAAGGUUGAGAAGCAGUCUGCUCAAUUUUUUAGUGUCACCAUCAAUGAUCAGCAAGCAGAAGCAGGAAUUGUAGUGAGAGUCACUUCAGCUACACAAAGCAAAUUCAAGCUGCUUUACUUUGAGAGGGAAGCCAAUGGGGGCUAUGGCCUGGCAUUACAGGAAGACAGUGAGAAGACUGGUAGAGUGACAUCUGCUGGGAUGUACUUUCUACAUUUUCAAGUGUAUCGGCUCGAUUCAACUGUGAAUGCGCUAGCAAUGGCCAAGGAUCCUGAUGCUGCAUCCUUCAAAAGAUUAGAAGGUCUCAAACCAUGUGAAAUAUCUGAACUUAAAGCUGGAACCCAUAUAUUUGCUGUUUAUGGCGAUAACUUCUUCAAAAGUGGGACAUAUACAAUUGAAGCUCUAUGUGCCAAGGCUUUCAAGGAGACCACAGAGAAGCUCAAGGAUGUUGAAGCUAAGAUUUUGACGAAGCGCAAUGAGUUGCGCGAGUUUGAGUGCGAGUAUCGCAAGGCUUUGGCCCAGUUUCAGCAGGUUAUGAAGCGAUAUACGGAGGAGAAGCAAGCUGUUGAUGAGCUGCUAAAGCUCCGAGACAAGAUACAAUCGUCAUUCUCAAUGGGCACCUUCAUCAGAACAACAUCCAAUGGAAGCUCAGUGGCGGACGACUACCAAGUGGAAAAUGUUUCUUAUGAUGGGAAGAAGUCUAACAAGAAGAAGUGGUAUAGUCGCAGUUUCAAGGCAGAAAGAAAGGCUCACUGAGCUCACAUAAUGGUGGAUGGUUGGAAUGUCUUGGUUGAAGGAGAAUUGGGUAAUGUUUAUUUUGAUUGGUUUGUGUAUUAAUGUAUCAUUCAUUUUAUUGAGAUUGAGCUUGUUCUACCAGAUUGCUUUAUCAUUACAGAGAAUGUAAAAGAUCCAUUGUAGUAAAAGAGUUGCAUUAUUUGAUGAUUCCAUAUCAUAAUUAAUGAACCAGUUGCUUC